AUGGAGAAGCUGUGCCUGUGGGUUGGGUUGCUACUUGUGCUGAAACACCACAAUGGUGAAGCCCAAAAGCUGGUGUGUUAUUUCACCAACUGGGCCCAGAGUCGACCUGGUCCAGCCUCAGUUUCACCCAAAGACCUGGAUCCUUUUCUUUGCACUCAUCUGAUAUUAGCCUUUGCCUCCAUGAACCACAGUCAAAUUGUUGCUAAGAAUCCCCAGGAUGAGAAGAUUCUCUACCCAGAGUUCAAUGCACUCAAGCAGAGGAACAGAAGGCUGAAAACUCUUCUGUCCAUUGGGGGCUGGGACUUCGGCACAUCAAGGUUCACCACCAUGUUGUCCACAGUAGCCAACCGGAAAGCAUUUGUUGACUCAGCAAUCUCUUUCCUGAGGACACAUGGCUUCGAUGGUCUGGACCUCUUCUUCCUGUACCCUGGGUUCAGAGGCAGCCCAGAGAAAGACCGUUGGACAUUCACUCUCUUAACUGAAGAGCUGCUUAUCGCCUUCCAGAAGGAGGCACAGUCUACUGCCCAACCAAGGCUACUGCUCUCUGCAGCUGUGUCUGGGAACCCACGCAUCAUCCAGAAGGCUUAUAACGUGCCUGAACUUGGAGGAUUCCUGGAUUUCAUCAACAUCUUGUCUUACGACUUACAUGGAAGCUGGGAAAAGUUCACAGGACACAAUAGCCCCUUGUUUUCUCUGCCUGGAGACUUCAAAUCUUCGGCAUAUGCCAUGAAUUACUGGCAAAAGCUUGGGGUAUCCCCAGAGAAACUCAUCAUGGGGGUCCCCACCUACGGACGAACCUUUCAGCUCCUCAGAGCCUCUAAUAAUGGGUUGCAGGCUGAAAGCGUGGGACCGGGAUCUGCAGGGAAGUACACCAAGCAGGCUGGUUUCUUGGCUUAUUACGAGAUUUGUUCCUUUGUUCAGAAAGCAGAGAAGCGCUGGAUCCAUGAUCAGUAUGUGCCAUAUGCCUACAAGGGAAGGAAAUGGGUCGGCUAUGACGAUGCCAUCAGCUUUAGUUACAAGGCAUCAUUCAUAAAGAAGCAGCAUUUUGGAGGUGCCAUGGUGUGGACCUUGGACUUGGAUGAUGUCAGGGGCACUUUCUGUGGCACUGGCCCUUUCCCACUUGUGUACACCUUGCAUACUCAGCUGAUACAGGCUGAUAUAAAUUCAACUCCUUCACCUACAUUUUGGCUGCCAUCUUCCACGUAUCCUUCAGAAACUUUCCCUGCAAGUGCCUCUGCCUCGACUGCUUUGGGGAUCUUACUCUCGGGAAAAACAGUUACUGCCACUGUGCCCUACACGGAGUCUGAACAUAUGACAACAACCGCCAGAAGUGGGGCUGUGACCCCUAUGAUGGAAAAUUACACUGAAACUCUAGAAGGAGAGACUGAGAUCCCUGGGGAGAACCUGACUUUACAGGACACCCUGUAUUCGUCUUAUGAAGAAAUGACUAUGCCCUUAGAUUAUUGA